GCAAUACUAACAUCUAUUGAAGUCGUUGCAUUUUACUUAAUCCUAAGUUAUAGCACGAUCGGUUCACUUCCAUACUUGCACGUUGCAGUUAAAGAAUGUCUUGAUGAUCUUCGUUCAUCUGCCUUUUCUCUGCCGUGCCAUGGCAUCUUUCUGUAUUGUGCGCCUCACCUGAAACAUUUUUGGCGCUUGAGGAAAAAAUGGGGAGGACAGGCACAAGAUUGCCGGGAUUUUGCCUCAACAGGAUCAGGCCUCAUGUGAGAGUCCGGUCACCUCCCACACAAUCAAAGCCGGAACCGAAUGCCGUCAAACCUGACCGACAGGCGGAAAAUCCAGGGGGCGGCGGCGGCAGCAUCGAGGAAGAGAAGCUCGGGAAUGGGGAGAAACCCGGGCAGGCGACGGGGCGGCGGAUUAUGAUCGUGGUGGACUCGAGCAUCGAAGCGAAGGGAGCUCUCCAGUGGGCGCUGUCUCACACAGUUCAGAGCCAGGACAUCAUGAUACUUCUGCACGUGACGAAACCGGCUCAACAAGGAACCUGUGAAGAGUUCACCAAAGAGACAGCUCCGACAAGGGCUUACCAGCUUGUUCAGUCUCUGAAGAAUAUGUGCCAGUUGAAGAGACCUGAGGUGCAAAUUGAGACAGUGUUAGUGCAAGGGAAAGAGAAGGGUCCAAAGAUUCUGGAGGAGGCAAGAAAGAGUGGGGCAUCCCUGUUGGUGAUGGGCCAAAAGAAGAGGUCGGUAAGCUGGAGAUUGCUGAUGAUGUGGGUCGGAGGGAACCGAAUGGGGAGCGCCGGCGGCGGCGGCGGAGUCGUGGAGUACUGCAUCCAGAACGCCGAGUGCAUGGCCAUUGCCGUGCGGAGGAAGAGCAAGAAGCUCGGCGGCUACUUGAUCACCACCAAGCGCCAGAAGGAUUUCUGGCUCCUUGCUUGAAUCUGAAUCUUCCCUAUUUUAAGCUGUGUUUCUGCCUCCCAAUCCGAUGACACAAUGUACGUGAAGGUUCUUUCUUCUUUUUU